AUGCUCAGCGGGACCGCCCUCCCGCACUCCGCGCACGCGCUCUCCCAGGUCCGGGAGGUCUCCCAUAGACCCCGCGCUGCCCGCGACAUGCGGGACUACGACGAGGUGACAGCCUUCCUGGGCGAGUGGGGACCCUUCCAGCGCCUCAUCUUCUUCCUGCUCAGCUCCAGCAUCAUCCCCAACGGUUUCAAUGGCAUAUCCGUAGUAUUCCUGGCGGGAGUCCCCGAGCACCAGUGCCAGGUGCCCGCCUGGGCAAACCUGAGCAGCGAGUGGCGCAACCAUAGUAUCCCGCUGCAGCUGCAGAACGGCCGGGAGGUGCCCAGAAAGUGCCGGCGCUACCGGCUCGCCGCGCUAGCCAACUUCUCGGCCAUGGGACUAGUGCCCGGUAGGGACGUGAAUCUGAGUCAGGUGGAGCUGGAGCCCUGUCUGGACGGCUGGGAGUACAGCCAGGACACAUACCUGUCCACCAUCGUCACUGAGUGGGACCUGGUCUGUGAGGAUGACUGGAAAGCUCCACUAACUACCUCCUUAUUUUUUGUGGGUGUGCUUAUCGGAUCCUUUAUUUCAGGACAGCUCUCAGACAAGUUUGGACGGAAGAAUGUACUAUUUGUGACAAUGGGGAUGCAGACAGGAUUUAGUUUUCUACAAGUCUUCUCAACAAGCUUUGAGAUGUUCUCAGUGCUAUUUGUCCUCGUGGGCAUGGGACAGAUCUCUAACUAUGUGGCUGCUUUUGUUCUUGGAACAGAAAUUCUGGGCAAAUCAAUUAGGAUAAUAUUCUCCACAUUGGGAGUUUGCAUAUUUUAUGCAAUUGGCUACAUGCUCCUGCCUCUGUUUGCUUAUUUCAUUCGAGAAUGGAGGAUGUUAUUACUGGCCCUAACUCUUCCAGGGUUGCUUUGUUUCCCACUAUGGUGGGUCAUUCCUGAGUCCCCCAGAUGGCUCCUGUCUCAGGGAAGACUGGAAGAGGCAGAAGUCAUCAUUCGGAAGGCUGCAAAAAUCAAUGGGAUUGUUGGACCACAAAUAAUAUUUGACCCUAUGGAGUCGCAAGAUCUGAGUUCCCGGAAGCAGCAGACCCACAGUAUUUUGGACCUAUUUCGAACUCCUAAUAUCCGGACCAUCACCAUCAUGUCUAUAAUUCUUUGGAUGACCAUAUCAGUGGGCUACUUUGGUCUUUCACUUGACACUCCAAACUUACAUGGUGAUAACUACCUGAACUGCUUCCUCUCUGCCGUGAUCGAAGUUCCUGCAUACAUAAUCGCUUGGCUGCUCUUACGGUACCUGCCCCGACGGUAUUCCAUGUCAGCUUCCCUUUUCUUAGGUGGCAGCGUUCUUCUCUGCAUACAACUGGUGCCUCCAGACUUAUACUUACUGUCAAUUGGCUUGGUGAUGAUCGGGAAGUUUGGGAUUACCUGUGCUUUCGCCAUGGUGUAUGUGUACACAGCUGAGCUCUAUCCCACAGUGGUCAGGAACAUGGGUGUGGGAGCCAGUUCUAUGGCAUCUCGACUGGGAAGCAUCUUGUCUCCUUACUUUGUUUACCUCGGUGCUUAUGACCGAUUCCUGCCUUACAUCCUCAUGGGGACCCUGACCGUACUGACUGCCAUCCUUACCUUGUUCCUCCCAGAGAGCUUUGGGAUCCCUCUCCCAGAUACCAUUGAUGAGAUGCUGAGGGUCAAAGGAAUUAAAUACAGGAAGAGUCUCAGCCGCAGCAACAACAACAAGUCAAGGAUUUUAAAAGAAGGCGAAGAAAGACAGACAGUCCUUAAAACCACAACCUUUUAGUGAAACCCGUAUUCAGUAAAAGAGUAAAGAAGACUUUCCUACAAGGACUUGGGAGAACACUAAGUGUCCUAGAGUGUUAAACAUCCUGGUAUUUAUUAUAUUGAACCCAUUCCUUCUUUGUUGAAUAGGUACAUAGACACUGAUAGUUAGUCUGUCCUUAGAGAAAUCAAGACCAGGUUGCUUCAAUAACAGAAUGGACUUGACUUCUUAUGAGAAGUUAAAUACCUAUUAGAAUUAAUGAGUAUUUAAAAUGGGUUUGGUUGUGAUGUACUAAAUUUACAGAGUAAUUUCAGAUUCUCUGAAAAGGGCCACCAAUAAAAUUGGAUGUUUAUUUUUCUUCCUUCCCUCAUUUGCUGGAGGAUGACAAUUUUGCUCUUCUUGUCUUCCUGUGUUCCCAAGGAAAUGCUUAACCAGACUUCCCCAAGGCUAAAGAAAGGGCAAGGACUGGGAAAACCUGAAUGUAGUUGCAGGGAAAUAGAUUUUAUUACAUUGAAUAUCAGCAUCCGUGCAGUAAUUUGCUAGCACAAGCUCGCUAAUCGCUCAGCACAACUACUGUGUGAACUUGUUUACAUCCAUGUGAUCAAAGGAUUGGGCUUGUCCAGGCCCACAUUAAAAAGAAGAUAUCGCAACUCUGCCCCUCUAUUUUCCAUGGUUAUAUAAGUCGAACCUUCAGUGUUACUCCAAGUUCAUAGGAGUUUUUUUUUUCCCUAGUAGUUUGAAGGGAGAACAAAAUGGAGAAUAUGUGGGGAAGGCUAGGGAGAGAAAACAGUGUAAUAUCUGUUUUCUCAAAGCCUUGAGAUUUUUCUGGCAGAGUAUGGAGGGGAGAGCCUUUCUCUUUAAAUAAUUUCCUUUCAAAUUAUACUUCAAAAAGGGGGACUAAGUAGCCCCUAAUUUUUUGCCAUCUAUGUCCAGCUGCAAAUAAACUGGAUGUGAGUAAUUAUUUGCUAGGAACCAAUGCUACUAGCACUUGUUUAGAUGCCAAAAGUGACGACAUGAGGUGCUUUCCUUUUCUGAUCUCUAUCAUGGAAAAAAUGACUAAGACCAUGGAUGUGAUUUGAGUUUCUCCUGUUUGAUUGUGGGUGAGAGUAUAUCUACUCAUCCAAGUAACAGAGGUUACUUAAGUCCUAUGACAGCCAUAGUUGAAACAAAUUAGGGAGAGAGGAGGGUAAUAAGCUUUUUAUUUAUCUUCUCUUCCCUCCUACCCAUUCUAUUGCCAUGGUACUACUAAAGCAUAUUCUUCACCUGGUCAAAAAAGUACAUUUCUUUUUGUGAAAACCACUGUGGUAUUUUGGGGAUAUGAAAAAAAAAACUUUAAUAAACAAACUUGUUUUUUUUUUAUAAAA